AUGGAGCGUGAAGGGUGGUCUUCGUAUACGCUGGACGAUAAGGGCAUUAGCAUUCGGAAUCGCGUGAGGUUGUCGCAAGCACCGGAGUCGUCGUCGGAGUCGUCGCUCGCCAGCUUCAUCAGCAACCUCGCGCGGCCGGCCGGUUCGUACCGCACGCAGUUCCUGCCGUCGCCGCAGCAGCGCAAGAAGCAGCAACCGCAGUCGCAGCAACAAGCAGACUGCCAGAAUCAGAAUGACCAGGAUCAAACCGCGCAGCCGGCUGAGCAUGGGCAGAGCACUGACGGCGAAGAGCAGAAGCAGUCCCAUGCUGACCAGGAGCUGAAGCAGUCGCCGUUACCGCUUCCCCUCUCCCUCCCUCGCUUCUUUAACUGCCCGCAGCGGUCGUUAUCGCUCGACCCUCGCAUUCUUCGCAAGCUCCUAUUCGAGCGACACGCAGAACCGUCGCAAGACGACGCAAUAGAAGGCGACGACUCGAGCUCCGCCGACAAACUGCCAGAGCUUCUGGAGGAUAUGAAGCAUCCGCCGGAACCGCCGUCGAGCACGGAGAAUAAAACAUCGACCUCCGAUAAGAAACCGUGCGUGAACCGCCGAUCCUCGCUCCCGUUCGUCAAGGAGGUUCGGGAAGACGCCGAAGCUGAUGACGACGGUGAGGCAAAGAAGAUCGGCGCAGAGGAGCAGACGCGCGUUCUUCCGAUGGACAUUGAGAUGUCGCCGCGCACGCGGUGGGAGGAGCUGAGCGAGCAGCAGCUGCUGCACGAGCUGCAGCGCCGCGAGGAGGACGCCGCGCGGUUGCGGCGCAUGCGCGAGCAGCAGGAGAGGGCCGGCGCGCGGGACUCGUCGCGGGAGAGACGGCGGGACGUGUCGCCUCAACGGGACUUCCUUCCCCGCGACACCCUCACGUGGGUGCUGCUGGCGGGCGGCGCAAUUGCCGCCGCGGCGUCCGCGGUGGGCAACAAGCGGCGCAAGGCGCACCUCACGGAGUCCUGCCGAAGCACCCAAACCGCUUACUGUUCCUCCUGUCCCCGUUCCCACUUGCCGUGCUUUGUUAAUCAGUUUCCCGCUCAGCCUCCCUGUCUCUCCCCACCUUCUCCCCGCCUCACAGUCCCCCUGAGCGAUCCUCGCGGCAGCAGCGUCACGGGGGACGGCGGGGGGCGCAGCAGCAGGCGCAGCAGCAGCCGUCACAGCCACCACCACGAACGCGCAUACGACCACAGGCACUCGCACUCGCGCGGGCACGAGGGGCACGGGAGAAGGUCCCGCGCGCGAGGGCCUGAUUGCGCGCCAGAGGACAGCGGGGAGUCGCGCGAGGCUUAUCUGGGGGAGCAGUACUCCGGGCAGGGGGGCUACCUGGGGGAAAGGCUUGCGCCCGCGGAGCGGGGGAGCUACAGCGAGAGGCGGAGACGAGGGGGAAGCAGCAGCAGGACUUACAAAGAGGGCAGUGCGACCAGUGCUGCUGCUUACACCGCUGAUGCCUACUCCCCUUCUUCUUCCUCCGCUGCCGCUGCUGCUGGUGCUGGUGGCGCUGGCAGCAGGGCGCGGACUUACUCCCUCUCCUCGGGUCAAGACGCCGCCGCCGCCACCGCCGCUGCUAUGGCAGCCGGCACAGCCGCCGCUGCUGCAGGCGCGCUCGCCGCCCCCUCCCUUCCCCCUUUCGCUCCCCCUCACCACAUCCUCGUGGCGCCAAGCGCAGCAACGGGAGGGGCUCCCCCGGUGGGCCUGGGCCUGCUGGGGAAGGACGCGCCGGAGUUCUGGGCUGCGCUUCCUUCCGACGCGCUUGCAGCGGCGUCCGCCGUGGCAGCUGCGGCGGCCAAGGGGAAAGCGCCCCUGUUUACGCCUGAGAGCUCCGCCCCUGGCGCGGGCGCGGGCCCGUCCUCCUCGCUUCAGCUGCGCACCCCGUCGCAGACUGGUGAGCGCGCGGCGCCGCACGCGCCCGUCUCUUCCCCUUCUCCUGGCGUGUUCCGCUUCACCGGCACCAGCCCCAGCGGCGGCGGCGGAACUGAUGGCACAGGCGCGGGGAGCAGCGGAACGCCGCUGGGUCUUCUGGGGAGCGGCGUGGGGACUUUCUCCGGGCUGGGGGCGUCCGCGCAUACGUCCAGCCCCUCUUCCGCCGCGGGGCUCCCCUCCCGCCGCGAGGAGGUGCUCCGGCUGCGCGCGCAGCUGCGGAGGCGCGACGAGAUGAUUCUCGACAUGCAGACACAGCUGCUACGCCAGGAGGAGGGAGUUGCGGAGCAUAUGGACGGGCUGGCGGAGCUUGAGCGCGCGCUGGAGGAGCAGCGCGCGGAGAAGGCGCGCGCGGAAGUGAGGGCGGCGGAGGCGGAGAGGGAGGCAGAAGCUCAGGCGGAACAGUGCCAGGCUUUGUUGCGGAGGCUGAAGGAGCUGGAACGAGGCAAAGGGGGGCGAAGCGGAAGCGGGGACAACUCCGGGGGUGGAAAUGCUAGCGCGGAAGGAGAAGCAGGCGGAGCCAGUGGGGGGAAGUCGGAAGAGGGGGAGUCCAGGGCGGCGGAAGGCGUACUGGAGGCGCAGAUUGCGGAGGCUGUGGCGGCAGCAAAGGAGGCGGCAAGGCAGGUGGCGGAGGCCGCAGCAGCGGAGCAGUACCGCGUGGGAAAGGUGGAAGGAUCUCUGGCCGCGCAGCGGGAGUUGGAAAUCGCCGUGCGGCGGGGCAGGCAGCUGGAGGAGCAGCUCUCUAAGGCAGAGGAAUCCGCGGAGAAAUGGGAGAGGCUUGCGCGGGAGGCUAUGGCGGAAAGCGCGCGGAAGGAGGCGGAGGCAGCGGACGCAGAGGCGCGCGCCGCCCGCGCAGCAGCGGAGGCGGAGCGCUUGGAUGAGGAGUGCGCGGCGCUGGGCGCGCAAUACCAGGCGGUUCAGGAGCAGGCGGAGGCGCUGGAGAACGAUUUGCGGGAAAUGCAGGAAAAGGCGGAGCUCUGGGAGAACAGAGGCCACGAGGCCGUCAAUAUAGUGGAGAUACUUGAAGCGGAGCUGACUGUAGCGAAGCAGCAGGCGGAGGAGGCGGAGGAGGCGAAGCGGGAGGCGGAAGAGGCGCGGCGAGAGGCGGCGGACGCCAAACUCGAGGCGGCUAUGGCGCGGGAAAAAGUGGCGGAUGCCUCCGCCGCGAUGGCGGAAGAAGCGGAAGCGACAGGCGCGCGGGUGAAGGAGCUGGAGGAGCGGUUGGAGGAGACCGAGGGGCGCGCGCGGUACUGGGAGGUGGCGGGGAGCGAGGCGGUGGAGCAGGCGGCGGCGGCGGAGCGGAAGGAGGCGGCGGCGGUGGCGGCGGUAGAGCUGGCGGCGCAGAUUUCGUACCAGAAGGGGCGCGACGAGAUGCGCGCGGAGAUGCAGGCGGAGAUGGGCCCGCUGGUGCAGGCGUGGGAGCGGAAAUGCGAUGCGCUUCAGAAGCAGUGCGAGUCGCUGCAGCAGCGGAAGGGGGAGGUGCGGGAGGAGCGGGACGGGAGGGGCGGUGGGGGAAGCGGAGAGGGGAGGACAGCGGAAGGAAAGGCGGAGAGUGGGGAGGAGAGUGGAGUGGAGAGUGGGAGUGUGGUGGAUGAGGAGGGGGAGGGGUCUGGGAAGAGUGAGGUGGUGUCAGGGGACGAGGGGGAGGGUACAAUGCUUGCACCCACGAGCUCAUCGGAAGAGGAAGGUGCGCCUGCCCCCAGCAACACACCUGCGCCAUCCCUGGCCGCUGUGCUAGAGCAGGAGGUGCAGCAGCUGCAGGAGAAAUUCGCGUCGCUGGAACGGGUGUAUUCCCUGGCGGAGCAGGAGCGCACUGUGCUGCAAGAGAGGAACUCUAUUUUGGAGCAGGCGCAGUCUGAGUUGGAGCAGGAGCGUGCAGGCCUGCAGCAGGUUCUGGCAGAGAGGGAAGCAAGGCUGCAGGCGUGGGAAAAGAAGGGCGAGGAAUUCAGUGCAACAGUUGAAGAGCUGGAGGAGUGGAGGGGGAAGGCGGAAGAGGCAGCACUGGCUGCAGCAGCAGCUGAGGCGGUCCUCCUUGCAGCGUGCGAGCAGGCAGAGGCAGCUAAGUACAGGCAGCUCGUGGAAAUGCAGGAGGCUGCUUCAGAGGCCGCGCAGGCGAUUAUAACGCAACAGGGGCAGCUUAUAGCGGAGCAUGAGGCGCGGAUGACAGACCUGAGCGCGGAGCUUGAGAGCAGCCGCGCUGCUGCUGGUGAGAUGAAUAACAGGCUUGAGGGUGCAGUUAGAGAGACAGAGGAGAGGCAGAGGGAGCUGGCAGAAGCGGGUGCAGCAGCAGAGGAGAGGGAGCAGCAGGUGAGGGUGCUGCAGGAGCAGCUGCGUGCUGCCCUGCAGAGGGAGGAGGAGCUCCAGCAGGAGGUUCUAGAGGCGAAGGCGGCAGUGGAAGGAAGAGUGGCUGAUGCUGUAGCAGCAGCUGUAGCAGCGGCUGUAGCGGACGUGAGAGCUAGUGAAGCCGCCAAGUGGGAGGGAGCAGCAGCAGCAGCUGCAGCUGCAGCAGAGGCGGAAGCAGCAGAGCGGUUCGCCAAGGGGCGGGAGGAGGGAAUGAGCGAAGCUGCAGCUGCAGUGGCGGAAGCCGAGGCUAGAGCCGCGGCUGCUGCUGAAGUGGUUAAAGUAGCUGAAGCCUUGGCUGCUGAUGCGAGGGCACAGGCCGAUGUUGCUAAGGAGAGGUGCGUGGUGCUGCAGAAUGAACUAGAGGCGAGUGAGAGGAGGGCCCAGGAGAGUGCGAGGAGAGUGGAGGAGAUGAGGGUGAAGGAGAGAGAGGCGUUAGAGGCGCUUGAAGCGGCAGAGGCGUCUCAGGAGCAAGUGGUGGCUGCUGCUGUGCGUGCCGCCCAAGCUGCCACCCAAGCAGCCGCAGAUGUCGCAGCAGAAGCAGCAGCAGAGGCAGCAGGCGACGCUGCACGGCAGCAGCUGGAGAGAGAGCGGGAGGAGAGGAGGAAGGAGGUGGAAGCAGUGAGGGAUCAAGCUGAGGCAAAUGCAGCCGAGAGAAUCAAAGAGAUUGAGGCUGCAGGAGCAGGUGCAGUUGCGAGUGCUGUAGCAGAGGCUGUAGCGGCACAGGAGACAGAGGUGGCUGUUGCUGUGGCGGCUGCUGUAGCAGCAGGGGAGGAGCAAGCAGUCGAGGCGUUCAGGAAGGGGUUGGAAGCUGGUAAGAAGGAGGCGAUGGUUGAAGCCGAGAAAGAGAGUGAGAAGGUGAGAGAGGAGUGUGCUGUGCUGGAAGCUAGGGUUAGAGAGACUGAGGAGAGGCUGAGAGAGAGUGAGAAGCAGCUAGAGGAGAGUGAGGGGAGGGUUGGGGAGAGGGAGAGGAGGCUGAAGGAGAGUGAGAGAAGGUUGGAGGAGAGCGAGGGGAGGCUGGAGGAUUGGAGGAAGAUGAGGGAAGCUCAGGAGGAGGCACUGGGAGGGGGGCUGAUCACAGCAGGAGCAGCAGAAGGAGGGGGUACAGCUGCAGUAGCUGCAUCAUCAAAACAAGGAGCAGUUUCAGCAGAUGCGGAAGCAGCAUCUCCCACAGAAGCAGCAGCGGCGGCAACAGCAGCAGAAGCAGCAGCAGAGGCAGCAGAGGCUGUGGAGGUGCCGAUAGGGCUGACUCCGAAACAGUUGGAAGAUGUAAGGGCACUUCUCGAGGAGAAUCGCCAGCUGGACGCGGCCAAGGUGGCAGCCGAGAGGGCUGCUGAGUUGGCAGGCAGUGAGCGUGAUGAGCUAGCGGGGCGUGUGAAGGAGCUGGAGAGCCAGCUGGCAGCGCUGAUUCAGGAGCAGCAGGAGGCAGCAGCAGUGGAUGUGAAGGAGGAGCAGGCACUUGUGAGUGGUAAAGAUCCUGUAGUGGAAGAAGGGAGAGAGAAGGACGAGAAUCUCAAGGCGUUUGACGGGCUGUCCACUCGCAGUCUUGCAGGCAGUGAUGACAGCAGCAGCAGUGAGGGCAGUCUGGGGGAGGACGCAGUGGAGGGACAGACAACAGCUGGUGUGGGGGAUGGUGGGGCUGAGAAGGAGGUGGUGGAGGAGGAGAAGGAGCAGAGCGAUGAGGUAGGGGAGCGGCAGUUGAAUGAGGAAGAGAAGGUGCUGCAAGAGGAGGUGGACUCCGAAGCGGGUGGCAGUGGAGAACAGGUGGUUGUGUUGGAGUCGUACAGUAGUGGCGUCCCACCUGCCGUCCACCCUGAGAUGCAGGAGGCUGGCGUGCAGGAGGCUGGCGUGCAGGAGGCUGGCGUGCAGGAGGCUGGAGUGCAGGAGGCUGGCGUGCAGGAGGCUGGCGUGCAGGAGCAUCAGGAGGAAUCUGAUGUUGCCUUGAGGGGGGACGGUGUUGUGAACCCGGGUGAUGCAGUGAGUCAGGGUGGUGCAGCGAACCAAGACAAUGCUGUGACUGAGGCAGGUGUAGACGCAAAGGAGGCAGCUGAAGCUAUUCCGGCUGGAACUUCUCCUGCUGAAGCUACUCCUGCAAAAGCUAUUCCUGCCGAGGCUACUCCUGCCGAGGCCACUCUUGCCGAGGCAACUCCUGUGGAGGCCACUCCUGCCGAGGCUACUCCUCCCGAAGCUACUCCUGCCGAGUCUACUCCUGCCGAAGCUACUCCAGCUGAAGCUGUGCCUGCUGGACCUAUGCCCGCUGAACCUGUGUCGGCUGAAGCCGUAGCUUUGCCUACAGGUUUUGGCAAUGAAAGUGCUGGCAGCAAAAGUGAGGCAUUCAAGUUUGUUAAUCCUGCCAGCAGGCAUGAGGCUGACAGCAAGGAUGGGCCAGCAGCAGCUGAGUCAAGUGAACCGGGCCCGUUCAAAUUCAGCAGGGGAGGUGGAACUCCUCAGAAAGGCCGGCGUGGUGGUGGCUAUAACCGAGGGGGUCGAGGUGGUCGACGAGGUGGCAAGAAUUGGUAG